AUGGCGGCACUCAAAACCCCGCCCCUCUUCUUCACCCUCUCUCUCCUCUCCCUUCUCUCUCUAACCUUCUUCUACCUCCACCCCACCACCACGACGACCACCGCCACCGCCCCCUCAAAUUCCCAAACUGCCCUCGACACUUCCGGUAAUUCCAUCAAGGUCCACAUCUCGCCCCUGCCCAGAUCCCUCAACUACGGCCUCCUCGAAAAAUACUGGGCCCUCACCUCCGACAACAGGAUCGGCAGCGAGGUGGACAACGAGAUCAGAAAGACCCUUUUGCCCAAAACCUCCGGCGAAUCCCUCCCGUACCCGGAAAACCCCAUAAUCAAACAGUACAGCGCCGAGUACUGGAUCUUGGGGGACCUGUUGGCUCCUCAAGAAACGAAAAGGGAUUCUUUUGCGAAGAGGGUUUCGGACCCUGAGGAGGCCGACGUGGUUUUCGUGCCAUUUUUCGCGACGUUGAGUGCUGAGCUGCAGCUGGUGAUCAAUAAGAGCGUGUUUAGGAAAAGGGUUGAGGAGAAUGAGGAUUACGGUAGGCAGAGAAUGGUGGUCGAUCUUGUUAAGAAGACGGAGGCUUGGAAGAGGUCCGGUGGCAGAGAUCAUGUCUUUGUUCUCACAGACCCUGUUGCGAUGUGGCACGUAAAGGACGAGAUUGCCCCUGCAAUUCUUCUUGUGGUAGAUUUUGGUGGCUGGUACAGACUCGACUCAAAAACGUCCAACGACAGCUCAUCGAACUUGAUGAUACAUCAUACUCAAGUUUCGCUGUUAAAAGAUGUCAUAGUGCCGUACACUCAUUUACUCCCUAGGCUGGAUAUCUCGAAAAACAAGAAACGAGACACCCUUCUUUACUUCAAAGGAGCCAAGCACAGACAUCGGGGUGGAUUAGUUCGAGAAAAAUUGUGGGAUUUACUAGUUAACGAGCCGGGAGUCAUAAUAGAAGAAGGCUUCCCGAAUGCCACUGGAAAAGAGCAGUCGAUAAAGGGAAUGAGAACAUCCGAGUUCUGUUUACACCCAGCUGGCGAUACACCCACCUCAUGCAGACUUUUCGAUGCCAUCCAAAGCCUUUGCAUACCAGUCAUUGUUAGUGAUAACAUAGAGCUUCCCUUUGAAGGGAUGUUGGAUUAUUCUGAAUUUUCCGUUUUUGUGGCGGUUAGCGAUGCUUUAAGGCCCAAUUGGCUCGUGGGCCAUCUCAAGAGCUAUUCUGAUGAACAGAAGGAUAGAUUUCGUGAGAAUAUGGCUAUGGUUCAGCUGGUUUUCCAAUAUGAUAAAGUGGGGUUGGAACGUAGGUACCAUUCACGGGAAAAUGUUCGAACAACAAACGGUCGCAAGGAACGAACGGUACCACGAGGCUCGACGGCUUCGCUACGUCUCGCGGAGGAAGAGCAGCGGCUAAUGGGGCUCGUCGGAGGCUACCGGUACCUGCGAGGGUGGCAGCGAAGGUUCACGGGCUGCUGCGAUUAA